AUGCUCUGUGGCCCUCCAGGCUCAGGCCAGGUGUACCUGGUGCAGGCGCUGCUGCACCGUCUGGAGCACCUGCCUGUGCACUCCAUGUCACUACCAUCGCUCCUCACCGACCCCUCCUCUCACUCGCCCGAGGAGGCCCUUGUGCGAGUCGUGGCAGAGGCCAGGCGCGGCCCCCGCUGCAUCCUCUUCCUGCCACACGCCGACCUCUGGUGGCGCACGGCACAGCCGGUGCAGCGGGCAGUGCUGCGCAUGCUUCUCUCUGACCUUCCUCCCUCUCUGCCUGUGCUGCUGCUCGCCUUCGCCAACUGCUCCCUGCACCAACUACCCUCCACCCUGCGCCCAACGCCCAUGGCGUCACACGCAUCAACAGCAGCAGCAGCAGCAGCGGCAGCAGCAGCUGCAGAAGCAGCAGCAGCAGAGGCAGCAGCCGAGGCAUGGGGGAUUAGCCAGUGCAGCAGCAGCAGCGGUGGGGAUGGCAGGCCGGCAAAGAAACGCCGGGUGCUGCCGUCCCUGCCGCUCGCCCCUCCGCUGCAGCGCACGCAAACGGAGGCAGAGAAGGCGGCAGCAGAGGCAGCGGAGGAGCACUGCUUGCGGCGCCUGCGCAUGUGCCUGCGGGACGAAUCGCAGGAAGUACAGCAGCUUGACCAGAACCAGCAGCAGCAGCAGGGGAUAGAACAGGAAAGUGGGGAGAGGGAAAAAGUCCAUGCUGAGGGAUGGGGAGAGGAUGUGGAGAUGGUACCAGAUAGUUAUGAGGGUGUGGAUGAGGAGGAAGAGGAUGAAACGACCGGGGCUGGUCAUAAUGAUGGUGGAAAGCAGGAGGGUCUUAGGACUGGAUUCGGAGCAGAACAGUUAGCAGCACCUGCUGCUGUAGGGCUAGCGGGGUUACCACCUGGUAGCAGCGGUGGGGUUGCAAGCCGAGGCACUGGUGUUCUGAGCAACAGGACCAAGAUUAGCAGUGCAGGCACAUGUAACCAUUCGGGUGGUCCUAGAUACACAGAACCACCCAGUGAUGCAGUAACAGCAAAUGCUAUAGGAGCAGACGAAUUAGCACCUGAUAGAGUAGGACGUAGUGAUGCAGAUGCAUCUGAUGCACCUCGGGGUGCAGAGGCGGUUUGUGGGAUAAGCGGCGACAGCAGUGGUGGCGGUGCGAUCAAGUUCAAGUCCUUGGGAGAGCUUACGAGAGAUGAGAAGGGGAAGCGUGUUUCUAUGCAUGACGUGGCAAGGGAAAGAGUCAGAGUAGGGAGAGCUGGAGCAGAGGGAGGCACAGCAGCAGCGGCAGCAGGAGCAGCAGCAGGAGCAAGUGGAGCAGGAUGUGUGCCAGGCAUGAGUGCGUUGGGGGCAGCAGGAGUAGCGGGAGCAGCAAGUGUGCCAGUGGUGGCAGCAGCAGGUUCAGGCAGAGCGCCGUUGCAUGAUGGUGUUGGUGGUUCGGGUGUUGGUGCGGACACUUCUGGUCUGGGCGAUGGGCCUGCGUCCUGCGCACCCAGGACUGUGAGAUUUGAUGAGGAGUGGCGGGAGGAGUGGGAAAAGGAGAAGAGAGCAGUUAAGGAAGUCAUGGAGCAAGUGCUUUGUAGAGUAGCUGACAGGACUGAUGGCUUGAUGGUGAGUCAGUUGGAGGAAGUGUAUCAGCGCAUGUGUAUGUUGCUGAGACGCAAGCGAGGUUGCAGGGAUGGGGUGCAACUGUUACGUGACCUAGAGCGCGUUGUGGAUUGA